AUGUUCUCUUCUUUCUCUUUGUUCGACAAAGAUGGUGAUGGUACGAUUACCACCACCGAGCUGGGGACCGUUAUGCGUUCUCUAGGACAGAACCCCACCGAACGGGAGCUUCACGAUAUGAUCAAUGAAGUCGAUGUCGAUGGCGAUGGCACUAUCGACUUUUCAGAGUUCUUGGCUAUGAUGCAAAAACGCGCAUUUGAGACGGAUAGCGAGGACGAGAUUAGGCAGGCAUUCAAGGUGUUUGACAAAGACGGGAACGGAACCAUUAGCGCCGCUGAGCUGAAGCAGGUCAUGACCAGUCUUGGUGAGCGCUUGUCCGACGCUGAGCUACAGGCCAUGAUCACCGAGGCUGAUCAGGACGGAAAUGGAGAGAUUGAUUAUCAAGAGUUCUUCAAGGUGCUACUACCUUUCCUGUAA